AUGUAUCAAGACAGGCAAGGCGUUGUAGGCCUAGGCGGCGGCGGAGGCGGUGGUGGAUCUACGCCACACGGAAUCAUACUCGCCGUCGUUGUUGCAUUGGUGGUGCUCGUUCCGUUUUUCCUCGGAGACAGCGGCGAAGCCAUUACGGAUGCCAUUGCAGAGCUUCUCAGUCCUGUGGGACUUCUCUUACUCCCAAUCGUUCUCCUCCUCACCAUUCAGUUCCUCUCGUCGGAACGCGGUUCCUUCGUAUCGGCUAUUUUCUCCACCGGAGAACCUGAGUCGAUUCACAGGGUUAGCGGAUCUCCCGUCGGUGUCGCUCUGUUCCUCUUACUGAUCUUGUUCUUACUCUACCACCGGUUCUCCAUCUUCGGCGGAGGUGAUGAUUCCGACGACUGA